AUAUACAUGUAGUGCAACAAUUGAUAAUGGCAAAUUGACACCAAAUUCUUAAUAUGCCAAAACAAAUUCAGUAGUUCUCUAUAUCUUGACCCUAUUUUGUUGUAUAUAUAUAGUUUAAGUUUAAGAGUUAAGGAAAUGGAGGAAACGCCUACAAUCCUCCAUGGAACCAUUGAAGCUACCAUCUUCAAUACCUCACCUUACACACCCUUUUUUCCCUUCAAUUGCAUAUGUACAAAGGGAAAGCCAGCUUAUGUAACCAUAAAGAUAGACAACAAAAAGGUUGCAAAAACAAGCAAAGAAAGAAACCGUAUUUGGAACCAAACCUUUCAUAUUCAAUGUGCUCAUCCAACUAAUUCAAUUAUCACAAUUACAUUAAAAUCAUCAAAUUCCAUAUUAGGAAAAUAUCAUAUCAAGGCCCAACAACUUUUAAAUGAAGAAAGUUUUUUAAUCAAUGGAUUAUUCCCUCUUCUCAUGGAAAAUGAAAUACCAAACCCAAAACUUAAAUUGAAAUUUAUAUUAUGGUUUAAGCCUGCAAAAUUGGAACAAAGUUUAUCAAAGGUACUAAGCAAUAGGGAAUUUCAAGGACCAAAGGAUGCAAAAUUUCCACUAAGGUCUAAUUGUCAAGUCAAACUUUAUCAUGAUGCUCAUCAUUGUUCUACAUUUCAACCUCCCUUUGAUCCAUGUGGUACUCCAAAAAAUCUAUGGGAGGAUGUGUAUAAAGCCAUUGAGAAUGCAAAGUAUAUAGUUUACAUUGCAGCUUGGUCCCUCAAUCCCAUGAUGGUUUUGAUAAGAGAUCCUCAUACAGAAAUGCAACAUGCAAGAGGAAUGAGUUUAGGUGAGCUAUUGAAAAAGAAAGCAGAUGAAGGAGUGGCUGUGAGAGUUAUGCUUUGGGAUGAUGAAACAUCAUUGCCCUUAAUUAAGAACAAAAGUCUAAUGAACACACAUGAUGAGGAUGCUGUGACAUAUUUCAACCAUACAAAAGUAAUAUGCAAAAAAUGUACUAGAUUACACCACAAGUUUCCAUCACUAUUUUCUCACCAUCAAAAAACUAUAACAGUUGACACCAAAGUGCUUAAAUCUGAUAAUGAUAGACAAAUUAUGAGUUUUGUUGGUGGAUUAGAUUUAUGUGAUGGUAGAUAUGAUACAGAACAACAUUCAUUGUUUCAAACACUCAUUAAGGAAUCACAUUGUUAUGAUUUUUAUCAACCAAACAUUAUAGGAGCUAACCUUAACAAAGGAGGACCAAGAAUUCCUUGGCAUGAUUCUCAUGCUUGUGUUAUUGGCGAAGCGGCUUGUGAUGUGUUAACAAAUUUUGAGCAAAGAUGGACAAAACAAUGUGAUCCUUCUCUUUUAGUCCCUUCUAGCACUUUGGUGAAUCUUGUUCCUCAAGUAAACUCAAACACUUCAAUAGAAAAUAAUAAUUGGAAAGUUCAAGUUUAUAGAUCAAUUGAUCAUGCUUCUGUUGAUGAUUUGUGUGGAAAUUUCAAUGCCGAGAGAAGCAUCCAUGAAGCUUAUGUUGAUGCAAUUAGACAUGCUGAGAAGUUUAUAUACAUUGAAAACCAAUACUUUAUUGGAGGAUGUCAAUGGUGGGAAAAAGAUAAGAAUGUUGGUUGCACAAAUUUGAUUCCUAUUGAAAUUGCAUUAAAAGUGGUUAGUAAGAUCAAAGCAAAAGAGAGAUUUGCAGUGUAUAUAGUUAUACCAAUGUGGCCAGAAGGAGUGGCUGAAAGUGAAUCUGUUCAAGAUAUAUUGUAUUGGACAAGAGAAACUGUGGCAAUGAUGUAUAGGUUGAUUGGGGAAGCAAUAAAAGAAAGUGGUGAAAUUGGACAUCCAAGAGAUUACUUGAAUUUCUUCUGUCUUGCAAAUAGAGAGCAUAAGGGAAAAGGAGAGUAUCUUCCUUUAGAUUCUCCUCAUCCUGAAACAGAUUAUUGGAAUGCACAGAAAAAUAGAAGAUUCAUGGUUUAUGUUCAUUCCAAGCUCAUGAUAGUGGAUGACAUGUACAUAUUAAUAGGUUCAGCUAACAUUAACCAAAGAUCAAUGGAUGGGAAAAGGGACACUGAAAUUGCAAUAGGAUGCUUCCAAAUUCAAGAUGAAGUUGAGAAACAAAUGAACCUUAGUGAUGUUCAUGCAUAUAGAAUGUCACUAUGGUAUGAACACACAAAUAGUUUCAAUGAAUUGUUCUUAGAGCCACAAAGUUUGGAAUGUGUGAAAAUGAUGUGUUCAAUUGGUGAUCAAAUGUGGGAAAUUUAUAGCAAUGAAGAAAUUGUUGACAUGGAAGGUGUGCACCUUGUUAGUUACCCUAUGAGAAUAACACAAGAAGGGUAUGUGAAAGAUUUGAGUAAUGGAGUUUAUUUUCCUGAUACAAAUUGUCUAGUGAAGGGGAAGAGAUCUACAUUGUUGCCCCCUAACUUGACUACUUAGGAUUAAAUUUAACAUAUCUAGAUGUUCUAAUAUAAUACAAGAGUAUAUACCAAUGUAUCCUAAAAAUCAAAAUUAUCAUGUAUAUACCAAUGUAUCCUUAAUAUCAAAAUAUGAUAAUAGUCCAUGAAACUAUAGUGAUGUUUGUUCUUAGUACAUGUAAUAUUUUUGGUUUUAGUCCUUAAAAAUUUUAAAAUUAUUAUUUUUAGUUCCAGAAGUCAAGAGAAGUCAAUUUGUUGGGCCACGUGACAGCAUGUGGCAUAAUUAUAUUAAG